UCCGCAGCCCAAGAGGUUAUAUAGCCGCGGGACGGUGCAGCGGGCAAGCCCAGUUGCUUCCCGGGCAUCGGAGGGCGCAAAAGAGAAGCAGCGGACCAAUUCAAGCAGGGUCUCCGCUGCUGUAGCAUCUCCGUGUCCCGGGUCUGUUUGCCUGCCCGGCCGCCCGCCCGCCCGACGGAGAAGUUGCGACUUUGGCUGACUUUGGCGCUCGAAGUGGCGCCGGGGAUGAAUGGCGUGCGGGUGGCCAUGCUGGGCAGCGAAGGGACGGGCAAAUCCGCCCUUACGGUGCGCUUUCUGACAAAGCGUUUCAUUGGAGAAUAUGCCUCUGAUUCUGAAUGCAUUUAUACAAAACAUUUGUGUCUGGAUGGAAAGCAAAUUAACUUGGAAAUAUAUGAUCCUUGUUCCCAACCUCGACCAGGAAAGUUGUUGCUUACAGAUGAACUCCAAUGGGCAGAUGGAUUUGUUGUGGUCUAUGACAUCAGUGACAGAACUUCAUUUGCUUUCGCAAAAGCAUUGCUAUAUCGGAUCCGUGAAUGUCAUGCCGGAACUUGCAGAAGAGCCUCAGAGUGCACCGUGUUUCUGGUUGGGAACAAACAGGAUUUGUGCCACAUACGAGAAGUUGGUUGGGAUGAAGGACAGAAGUUGGCCUUGGAUUACAGAUGCCAGUUUUGUGAACUGUCAGCUGCGGAACAAUGCCAGGAAGUGGGAACGAUGUUCAUCCAAGCUUUGAGAAGCCUCAUGGCUCAUCCCAAGGGGAAGGAGAAGAGACGGCCCAGCGGCUCAAAAUCCAUGGCCAAAUUGAUUAAUAACAUGUUUGGAAAGAGGAGAAAGUCUGUUUAGUGAGAGGCCCACCAGAAAUGGGAAGGGAGCCAUGACACGGUCUCUCUCACACAUAUGCACACACAUGCACAAAGGAUCUAGUCCACAUGAAGAUCUUAGCAUGUCAUACAAGGAAGCCAUAGAAGUGACUGGCAUAUUCCCACCCGGCAUGGCAAAAUCAUUGCUUAAAUCUAGCCUUUUGAUAACUCCUCUGGGAAUAUAGUUUUGUAUGGAGCAGGUUGACUUUAGAACAUACUAAAGUUCUGUAUAUGGUUAUUAAGGAGUGAGUUGUAAGUUCGUCGCUAAUAACCUUAAAUGGAUCCAGGCAGGCAAUAUGUAUAAGGCCAGGAAAACUAUGUGGUGCAGUGCCUACAUCAGUGUUUCCCAUGCUUAGCCAUUUUUAAGAUAUGUGGACUUCAACUCCCAGAACACCCUAGCCAGCAUUCCAAUGCUGCCUGGAGUAUUCUGGGAGUUGAAGUCCACCUAUCUUAAAAAAUUGGUCUAAAUCAGUGUUUCUCAACCUUGACAAUUUUAAGGCAUGUGG